AUGGAACAUCCUCAUAUCGAGGUUGAAGACGGCCAGAGCGGGGGUGGUAUGCAGGUCCAGAGAGUCACGGCUGUCAUAUUUCUUGCUGAGCCAGCCAAACCUUCCAACCUGGCAACCUUCAACCAUUCCUUUGACCAGCUGGACCUGUCCACUUCCUUGACACAGAAUCCGGAUCAAUCGGAACUGACCAUCGACACCAUGCCCAUCACCAACAAGAUCAAGCUUCGUACUGCCACUGCUACCGUUGACGAUGACCCAGGCGGUGGAGAUGGUGUUGGCUACCGCAUCCGCAUAAUUGCGUUUCACGAGAACUGCAACGGAAUUGUGGACCUCGAGCAAAACGAGGUCGAUGAGAACACUCUUUGCGCAGAGACCCAGGACAGAACCUUCAUCAUUGACAGCCUGGCUGACCUAACCUACGGCGUACUCAGCGGUAUGGUCGGUCGAAUCAUUGGGCGGAGUGGCGACCAUGGCGAGGCACAGAACGCUUUUGCCAACAUCAUCCUCGUGUACGUUUACGACGACGGCGGCAUUGAGCCUGAGCGCCUCGACGGCGGUGACGACCAGCAGCUCAGGGACAUCAUGGGCAGGGGAAGUGGCUUCGUGGACAUGGUUUGGGAUUGGGCCAACGGCGACCACAACUGA